CACAUGACCAAGAGAAAAACUUUCAUUGCGGAAACUGGAGCCCAUUAACAGAAGGGAGUGGAUUCACUUGGAAUAUCUCUAACAGAUGGUGAAACAUGCUGAAGCUCUACAUACGUGCCCUGAGCCUGGUAAUAUGGAUCCCAGCCAUCCUGUGCGGGGUUACCACAGAGGGACAGUAUUCAGUCCUGGAGGGCCAAACUGUUGUCAUACCGUGUCACUACGAGCCCCAGUAUGAACACUAUGUGAAAUAUUGGUGUCGGGGGGCGACGAGGGAGUUCUGCACCAGCUUAGCCCGAACAGAUUACCUCCUUGCAUCCAAUGCAGCCAAGGAUAAAACGAGCAUUUCUGACGACAUGGACCAACUGGUAUUCACUGUGACCAUGAAAAACGUGAAUAUAGGGGACACUGGAUGGUACAUAUGUGGUGUGGAGAUAGGCAGUAUAUGGAGUGCUGAUGUUGUCACUUUCUCAAACAUCAGGGUCAUUGAUGGUAUGUCUGUGGUGAACACCCAAGUGACUGGGGAAGAGGGGGGAAGUGUCACAGUUGAAUGCCUCUACAGUGAGAGAUACAGAGAAAGCAGAAAGAAGUGGUGUCGGAGUGGAGACUGGAGCUCCUGUCUGCUGACAGAUUCUGGAGCGAGCUACGAAGAUGCUUCAGUGGCCAUCAUUGAUGACAGAACUAGGACUUACUCUGUAACCCUAAAGACGCUGCAGCUGAGAGAUGCCGGCUGGUACACUUGCUCUGCAGGAAAGCACAAGAUUUCCGUGCGAGUGCUGGUAACACCUCGACCCAAAGAUAUGCUGCCUGUGACAUCCACACCUGCGCCAACUAAGUGUAAUGCCUACAUGCCUGCCAAACCCAUGAGCAAGGAGUCCACUCGUAGUCACCACUUGGAGUCUUGGCUGAUGUGCUCUGCUAUAGUCCUCCUCCUCGGAGUAGCCAUAUUUGGGAGGAAGUUAUGGAAAGUGCACAAUCCUAAAUAUCAAUUUAUAGAGCAAGGAUCUGCCCCCACACAAAACAAGGACAACAAAUCAAAGUCAAAUAAAUAUCCACAGGAUGUAAGCGACCAGCAGGACACCACAGUCGUUUUCCUAAACAGGGAUGAUAAGAGGGAUGACGCCUUUCUGUACUGAGCUCCGUCAGUGCAGUGUUUGAUGACACUCCGAAAGUGACAAUAAAUCCAUAUAUGCAUGACUCAAUAUCCAGUGCAUUUUAUAUCGUAUACCAACACAUUGAAAACAAUUAUAAUGUUUAUUUUCUGCUUUCAUUACACAACUGGAACAGGCUGGAGAUUGUAACAGAGAGCUGUUACUUUUAUUUGCCAAAAUUGAAACCAUGUAGUCUUUCAUUUGUAAGAAUGAGCCCCGUGAAUGACUCCACAGACUGUUGGAUGAAGGCAUUUGGGGAUUUGAGUAAACGGGUGGGGUUUACAGUUACACGACAGGGUGAAUGUUUCAUUCAAAGUUUAUGUUUUAAAAUAAAUUCAGAUUUCAAUUAUGAUCUCUCUAUACAUAUUAUUCAUUUAAGAAAAGAAAAAUGGCAACACUUCAAUUACAGGUCUAUAUAUAUACUGUAUAUAUUAUAUACUGUACAUUAUGAACCUUAAGUUGAUACGAUGUAAAAACAGACUUUUUUACCAACUGAGGGCAUCAGAAAAAAGCAAACCCACAUGACUUAUCAUGUUUUUGAUCCAUCCCACUUCAGAGAGUUAUAUUAGCAUACUUGAAGCUUUAUUAGUGUCUAAAUAAUAAAGACUUUUUCAGCUCUGUUUUGGUAUCCACCAACUCCUGAGGAAAACUCUCCGUCUCUUAAACCUCUAAAUGCUCCAAUGUGACUACUGUCUAGUUGUACGGUGGCCCAGCAGGUCAAAAAAACAAAUACUCCACAGAAAACACUGUCGGGAAAUAAAACAUUUGUCACAAAACAACAUGUUACUAAAUAAACAUUUACACAAACUUGAAACAAACCAGCAUCUAAAAAAAAAAAAUUCAGCAACAUUUGAUUGAUUUUUUUCCCCUCCUAAAGUAAUAUUUGAAAACACAUUUUCACUAAACACAACGUUCCACAAAUGAGAACUAAAUGAGAAAAAUGGUCAAAAAAGGUGUGAUAUUUUAGACAACAGAAGAGAUCGGAUAACUCUUGCAGUUUGAUUCCCGUUGUAGAGGAAGCUUCAAUUAUGUUUGCAUGUAAAGGACCUUGUUUUUCAAAUGCGUCACAUAGUGACUGGACGUGCACAAAAGUAAAAGCAGUCGGACAGUAAUCCAUCCAAAAACUGCGCUCUGUUCACUAUUUAGUUUAAAGUUUUACUCUGAAAGAAAACAAAUAAUAAUUGGGAAAUGCUGAGGUGUGUUUUUGUGAAAUGUUUUUUUCAAAGUUGUAUUUGUAAAAUGUUGUGAUCUGUUAAAAAAAAUAAAGCAUUUUGCGGUGUUUUGACCUUCAGGGCUGCCGUACAGUUGCUUGCUCUGACCUUGUGCUGUUUGAUGCUGGGCGGUUAGCAUAAUGUCUUUGUUUCUCAUGUACUAACUGUGACCAGAAACAACAUUUUCAAAGUACAACUCAACCAAAUCCAUGACAUUUUGGAUAGAAUAAUCAGGUCUGAAGAGCUGAUGGAAAGUUCAAACAUGACGUCAUGAACCUUUUUUUUUUUGAUGAUCUAUUUAAACCAGAUGUGCUAAUUCAAUAAAUAAGAUGUCCAAAGUUUAAAAUAUUAAAAUAUUUUAUAGAC